GGCGAGGCCCUCACUCGGGAAGGUCCCCGCUCAUCGUCACACACAGCUGGAGGUCCUCCUCCAUGUCUGUAGACAGGAAUGGCGCAUUGAGCCUUCUUCUCUUACUUUUACUGCAACGAUGAGGCCUGAAGGUUGCCGCUGAUCAGGCAACUAGCACCGGUGCUCUCAUCGUCGCUGUGGAAUGUCACGAAGAGGGAGCAGAAGAACCAGGCAGACAGUGCCCGAAUGACGUGGAGGGGUGUCCACUGCCCAUGCAGUACAGGUUCACACGCAGACCGCUAUGCCUCAAGCUCCAAAUUGUUGAAAAGCCGCCGUACUGCAACUGUCAGAGGCAGCAGGAUAAGAAUCUUUUGUGGCCUGCGGAUGUUUUAUAUGGGUCACUAGAGCACUAGAGAAGAGGGAUCCUAUCCAUUUUUUUGGGUCAGUGGAGGCUGCCACUUUCUCCUCCUCCCUUCCCUCCCUUCCCUCCCUUCCCUCCCUUCCCACCCUUUCCCCCCUUUCUCUCCUGAUCCUGUGUCCUUCUUAGGUUCAUUAUCCUUCAUCCAAGCUCCCGGCACUGUCCUUGGCUUUGAGUUUUUUUUUUGUUUUUUUAAGUUGUGGAGUGGCACUGCAUCUUGCCACAAACUUAUCUAUAAUACGUUCAGCUUGACGUGGACUACUAUCAGUGGGUUGGGAGUUUUUGUUAUUUAUGAUGUUGUUCCAGAUCGUGUCGGCAAGGCGUCGAGGAGGGGCAAUUGCCCCCCUCAAUUGUCCUUGCAUCAUGCCACGUGGUGGCGGCUAUGCGUCGCUUCCACGGAUGAUGCUGACUGUUGGCCUGGUUCUGCUGCUUUGCUUGAGUUUAUGUAGAAGUGAGGCCAACAGUGGCAAUGAUGAUAAUGACGACGGCGCCAUUGAGGUUCCCCCUUUCAGCUACUUUGUGCCUCCAGAAGAAAUAGGUGAUCACCCUGCUUUAAAUGCCAUUCUAUACUACCAGGAUUUGCUCUGGGCCGCCGAUCCAAUUUGUGUAGAUCCCCCCUGUGAACAAAAUGUCAACGAUGAGGAAGAAAGGUACCUCCUCAAUGGGUAUUUGGAUGAGACAUUGCCCUCCGCCGGUCCCAAUGUGCUCUCAUCAUCAGCAUCUCCGUCUUCUUCUGGAUAUAAACCGCCCGCUUCUCGACCAUUGUUAUCAGCCAGUGCAGCUCCAUCGCAAGAACCUGAGGCAUCUAAGGCGCUGCCGUCACAAGCACCCUCUUAUCUGGUAGAGUCCCAGCCCCCUCCACGCCCAGAACCUGCCGGGCAUCGUGGGAAGCCGACCAGUUUGGACGACGAAGCGAUGCUCGCUGAAGUCAUCAUAAACUCUGAUUACGAUAACGACACCGUCUACACUCUGACGACUGAUAUCGUUCUACGGAGGUCGUUGCCGUCGAUUCGUUUCAUGAGCCAUCUCACAAUCCAAGGAGCUUGCAAUCGAACUGGCGGGCAAUGUAUCAUCGAUGGAGGCGGCCGCUUUCCUAUCUUCACAGACGGGGCGAGGAUUGGAUGCUGGCUUACGGUAUCGAACAUCAUCUUUCAGAAUUCGCACGGUGCUGUCUUUCAAGGUGGUUGUCGGUUUGAUGCAGUUAACUGCGCCUUCCGGGACAAUGUCGGUUACAUUGUUGGGACGUCGCCCGGUGGGGGGGCACUGCAGUUCGAGUCCGGCAGUCCUGCGUUUAACAUAACGGGCUGCGAGUUUUCUAACAAUUCUGCUGUCAAAGCCGAUGGAGGUGCCAUUUCGUACCGGGGCACAGAUGGAGGUGUUGUCACGAACACGGUGUUUAUAAAUAACCGCGCCGCCCUAACUGGGGGAGCCAUAUUCUUGCAAAGUCCGGACACGUUUAUCUGCAACAACUGCUCGUUCAUCGGCAAUUCCGCUGGCAGUAUGGGUGGCGGGUUCAGUCUUUUUCGAUACACGUCACCGGCGACCCUUAUUCGUCUCAUAGGGGGGUUGUUCGAGGGUAACAAGGUUGUAAAAGGGGCAGGGGGGGGGGUAGUUGUGGGGGCCCCGAUCGAUGCCAAAUCGUGCAAUGUGAAGUACACAGGCAAUGCGGCGGCAAUGGGUGCGGACGUCGUGGUGAACUUGCAGCCUGUGGAAGGAGUCGCUCGCUUCGCCUUCUGCCCGGAAGCACCGACUGGCGCUGUUGUCACCGACAUCGUGGGCGAUGUCACAAGCCCUGCCCUGACACGCUCGACCAUUAGCAAUGCGGCGGCAGUGGGUGCGGAUGUCGUGGUGAACUUGCAGCCUGUGGAAGGAGUCGCUCGCUUCGCCUUCUGCCCGGAAGCACUGACUGGCGCUGUUGUCACCGACAUCGUGCGCGAUGUCACAAGCCCUGCCCUGACACGCUCGACCAUUAGUUCCAAUUGCACCGGUUGUCCCGCGCUCUCCGCUGUUCAGGUCUAAUCGACAGCUGGGUUGUGAAAAGCUGUGGCAGUGGGUGCGGAUGUCGUGGUGAACUUGCAGCCUGUGGAAGGAGUCGCUCGCUUCGCCUUCUGCCCGGAAGCACCGACUGGCGCUGUUGUCACAGACAUCGUGGGCGAUGUCACAAGCCCUGCCCUGACACGCUUGACCAUUAGUUCCAAUUGCACCGGUUGUCCCGCGCUCUCCGCUGUUCAGGUCUAAUCGACAGCUGGGUUGUGAAAAGCUGUUCAAACUCCACCACCUCCGACGAUGGGGGGGGUGUUGUUCCCCGCAACCCCCCCAACCUCCCCCCCAAUUCCCCACCUAAUGGGCAUUAGGGAAGCCUGUUGGUGAUGGAUCACCCAUCGCAUCGUGGGUGGGGGUCCUCGUAAUGGAAGGGAGGAGGAGCUGCAAAGGCAGGCAGAGGGGUGUUAAGACGCAACUGAGAAGAUGGAGAAAGGAGAAAUGGAUUGCCAGAUGAUGGCAUCAUGAUGUUAUGAAUGGGCUUAAAGUGGGCCCAAUUUUGCCAUGGGUCUUUGGCCAUGGAGCCUGAAUUAAUAAGAUGCAUAUAUAUUGGGUUGGAAAAUGCUAUUAAAAAUUAAAAUUCAAAACAGGACAGGCUUUGUGUUUUGUGUUGAGCGAGGAAAAAAAGAGGGCCAGUUGUCUCUCUGCUGUUGGCCAGCGACUAGAUCAGCUGCCAAGUAAGGUAUUGUUUAUGUGUUUGGUGAGGAGGAGGGGGGGAAGAGUAUGCCGGUGAGGGCAGGACUCACUGCCACAGGAGCGAUCACAGCCGCGGUUGAUGAAAUGGCAUGGGCUGGUGGGUGGCUUAAUGACCUGCUGGGGUACGUAGGCCACCAUCGUAUCGCAUUCUUGCCUGCCUUUUUCUUUCUCUUUCUCUUCCCAUUGUUCCAAUCUGUUUCGUCGAAGCCUUUUCAAAUGCUGCCAUGGUCGACGGUGAUUGCGAUAGCAACCGGACUCCAUAUUCAGUAGCAUACGCCCGUGGUCAUCAAAAUAAUGUCAUUCUCAUCGAAAUGAUUCGCUCAACUAUCGUGAAGAAUCAUGAAGGUCGAGAACAAUCAGUCCCCUUGUGACUGAUGCCAAAGCCCUUGUGCUUGGCAAAUGGAGGUAGCAAGAAGAAAUUCCUGGUCGAGAACCCCGUGUGAGUCCGGGUCGUCAGAACUUUUUUUGUCGUUUCAGGACAAUCGUGGAGGGCGAAGAACAGCUCCCUUGCUCUCUCUCUCUCUCUCUCUCUCUCUCUCUCUCUCUCUCUCUCUCUCUCUCUCUCUCUCGCGUGCUCGCUCGCUCACUCCUCCGAUGGCGGCAAUUGCAUGGGAUGAUUCCAUGUGAAACAGAUCUGGGCAGACCCGCGUCACGUGUUUUGAAAGGCCUUCCGAUGUUUUUCUUCAGCUCUAUUAUGUUUUUCAAUCAAUAAAUUGGGGGAAAUGGGGCACCUGUCGCUAGAGAUUGCCACUCUGGGGUUCACGGUGGCUUCAUUAAUCUCUGAUCACCAGGCUUAUAGGUGCCUGCUUACCUAGAUAGACAGGCAACACUAUUUUGAAUGGUUUGGCUUUCUCGACGUUGUGGACAUCCCACUUCAGUUUUGUGGACAGAAGGCUUCGUAGACAGCAUACUCUCGCCUUUCUGUUGUUACGCAGUAUUGAAUUUUUUAUUGGCUUGUGAGUCAGACCUUCAUUCUCGUAUGAAAGUGGGUCUUUUGCCAUUGAUUGUUAAUAUGUUAUAGUACGGAUUUAAUAAUGCUGCCACCUACUAGUAGUGGGGGGAUAACUGUUUGACUGCGCUCCUUUUCUUCCCCAUCACGACUAUUAGAAAUGACGACUAACGUAAGGAGUCUUUCUGACUCUUCCAUCCAUUCCAUGCUAUUGGGAGGAGGUCCUGCUGGACUUCGCGUAUAGAAACGACUAG